AUGAACCGCAACGAAAUUUUUGAGCUGACUGUUGACGGUCUGAAGAAAAGGUUAGGCGAUUUAGGGCUAUCGACUAUUGGACGGAAAGCGAUACUACAGGACAGACUGAUGGAGCAUUUCGGCCUGACUGUGGUUGACGGUUCCGAAACUGAUGUGGAAGAGGUAGCAAGCCAACGGAGUGUGCGUGAGGUUAGAGUCGAAUACCACAACUUUACUCUCCGAGAUGUUGAGAACUUAAUGACUUCGUUUAAAGGAACAGGUCGUCCAAGUUUCGAACAAUGGCUUGAGGAUUUUGAAGCAAACGCAUCAGCAGUGCGUUGGAACGAGCUGCAGAAAUUCAUCUACGCAAAACAAUUGUUAAAAGGUGCGGCAAAGAUUUUUAUAAGAAGCCAAACCGGAAUAAGCAGCUGGAGUUCACUAAAACUAGCGCUGCGGCAGGAAUUUUGUAUAACAUUGUCAUCGAUUGAAGAGCAGCGUACUUUACGUAGUCGUCGGAAGCGACAUGGGGAAGAUCUUCGAGAAUAUUUAUACGUUCUAAUGGAGUUGGGGAAACCGACAGGGCUAGAUGACUCAAGCCUAAUAGAAUAUUUCAUUGAAGGCAUACCAGACUCAAGGUCGAACAAAAGCAACAUAUACCAGGCGAAAACUAUACAGGAUUUGAAAGAGCAGAUCAAGGUAUACGAGAAGAUUCGUUACAGCCAGUCACAACCCGUGAAUGGGAACCAGGAGAAGGCAUCGUCGUCAAACAAGGAUUUCCAGUUUUUUGUCUACGGGGAUUCAUCACAUCUCGCUAGAAGCUGUCCACGCAAUAAGAUAUCGUGUUACAAUUGCGGUAAAGAGGGUCAUCGUGCAGCUGACUGUAAGGCAGGAAAGAAAACUCCUAAAUCGGAACGAAGCAGCGUCAAUAAUAUGACGGAUGAAGGAGAAAUCGGAGAAACGGAUCUGGACGUUGACUUAAGUAGUGAACAGCGACAGUUGAUGGGUAUCGGUACCAACAAACUUACAACAAUAGGUAGCUUUACCACAUCCAUCGAGAUAGACAGCAUAAGGUUGGAAGUAAAAUUUCACGUAGUGAGAGAGCGAGACAUCAAAUAUGCGCUCGUGAUUGGUAACGACGUUCUGAGACAAGUGGAUUUAUUCGUUACGGAAGAUGGCGCCGAGUUCAGGCAGAAGAAGGUGGAGGAAAAGCCACAGAUUAAGGAGGAGGUGAAUAGUGGAGCAGUAAGGAAAGAUCGCAGUGUUGGGUCAGCGAAGCCUAAGAGGAUUGAUGUGAAAUCAAAUGUGGGCACAAGGGUGCAUGAAGAUGAGGAGCAGUAUAUGGAAGCUGUUAGGAAGUAUCGCAAGCGAAUCCGUGAUAGAAGGGCUUUGGAAGUAGCAAACAAUGAGAGCGAGGGCGCUGUUGUGGCUAAGGAGCAAAGAGAGUUCAGGAUUUCAGAAGCGAGUUCGAAGUUGGUUCAUGAGACUGCUGAGAUGGGCACUGACGCUAAGGAAAACCCAAUUGACGAAGGUGAUAACAGGAUUGCUGAACUGAGCGAAGAUUUUGGAACCCUGUGUAUGGUCGCAGGAAUGGAGAAGGUACCUGUGGACGAAGUCGAUCUUUCACACCUCAACACAAAGAUAGUUCGCGAUAACUUCCCGAUGCCAAAUAUCGACGAUGUUAUCGAAAAGUUACAGGGUGCUAAUGUUUUUACGACACUGGAUCUUAGGAAUGGAUUUCUCCAUGUCCCAGUGGAGCCUACCUCAAGGAAGUACACCGCAUUCGUUACAUACAAUGGGCAAUAUGAAUUUCAAUACGUGCCUUUUGUAUUUAGAGAUCUUAUACAAGACGAUACUGUGGUGGCUUACAUGGACGAUUUAGUUAUUCCGUCCAAGAAUUAUACUGAAGGCGUACACAAUUUGGAACGAGUUCUACGAAGAGCUGAAGAAUAUGGUUUGCGGAUGAAAUGGGACAAAUGUCAGUUUCUUAUAAGUAAAAUAGACUUUCUAGGCUAUGUUAUAGAAGAUGGUUCGAUAAAACCAUCUGAUGCAAAAACAAAAGCGAUUAGGAAUUUCCCAUUGCCACAUGACCAGAAGGCUUUGCAGAGAUUCCAGGGAUUGACAUCAUACUUUAGAAGAUUUAUCGAUGGAUUUGCAAUAAUAGCCAAACCGCUAUCGGAUCUACUCAGGAAAGAGGCUAAGUUCGAGUUGCGCGACAAGCAGUUAGAGGCAUUCCAGAAGUUGAACUCAGCAUUGAUCAGCGCACCAGUCCUAAUGUUGUACAAUCCGAAAGCAGUGACUGAUGUACAUACAUACGCUUGUAUGUCCAGGUACGGAGCAGUGCUACUUCAGAAGGAUCAAGCGUUCCAUCCAGUUCAAUACAUGAGUCGGAAGACAAAACCAGCAGAGGAAAAGUACCAUUCGUACGAUCUUGAGGUACUAUAUAUCCAACUAAGAACACAGGAGCUGAUGCAGUCGCCGAAUGCUUAA